AUGUCAGGCCAACAAGGUUCCAAACUUCCCAUGAUCGUGGAUGUUUCUAUCGACGAACAAGGGAAGCAGGUGUACCAAGUUCACAGCACGAAAAAGCGUGUAAGGGAUGACAUGCCCGUCUCCAACUUUAAGUCGUCGAAGGUGAAAACGGAAUCGAGUGUUCCAUUAGCAGCCUCCGAGUCCGGUUCGUCGUCUUCGUCCGCGUCGAACGUGAAAGAAGAAGAACAAGAUCUCAAGAUCCCUGGGUCUGUUGAGGAUACCGACGUCAACCCAAUCUGGCCUGCUGAUGUAGAGUUGGCCUUUAGAGAAGCUCUGACUAUUAUCCCCAAGAAAGGACUGAACAAGAUCAAAAUUAGUGGCAAGUGUAGCGGACGGAACGAACUGAUUUCAGACUAUAUUUUUUCAAAGACAGGUCAAGUGCGUACAAGGAAACAAGUCUCGUCUCACAUCCAGGUGGUUAAAAAUAUGAACAAGGACCAUGAACUAAUCAAGCUCAUAUUGGAGGGCCCAGAGGAUUCCAAUCUGGUUGAACCUUUUGAUUCCGUGUUUACCAAGAUCGUCCUCGCCAAAACUACUGGUGGUAAAGAAAACAAUUCGCCAGAAAACUUAUCCGACAGUGAGAAUGACAACAUCAACAUUACUCCACCUGCGACUGCUUUAAGGACGCGUGCAUCAGUACCUCAUCUGCAACUGAAUGAUGCCACCAUGUCAGGCCACCAAGAUACUCCGGUUAGAGCAACUUCCGCAAGAUUACCUACUCCUAGCUCCGAUAACCGUGAUAGUGUCUCGUUGGAUCGACCUUUGUAUGUCCAAGCAGAGAUUCAAAACUUUCAGUUCUGUUUGGAGAAUGCCGUAAUGGGUAUGAGGUUUUAUCUGUCGAAUCUACAAGAGCCAGGCUUCAUGUAUCCUCCUUUGCGUCUGAAAGAAAAUGCGAAUAUCAAGUCUAGAUUUCCCUAUUUGGACUCCUUUGUGUCUACCUUGAACACGAGAGGUGUGCCAAUACUCCACGGCAUGACUAAAAUUGGUAACAUCAAUUAUGAACAGAUUUCCUCGAUGGACGCUUUUCGAUCCAAUAGCUAUAUUACUCUGCAACUUGAUAACCUGUCCGUUGAAAAUGCCAGCUGGUCUGUUGUGACGGCAGUUUACUCGUUUGGCAAAGAGAAGGCUCUAUUUGUCGACCCAGUUGAGGUGAAAUCUGACCCAAGUUUUGGGGAAACAAGAAUGUACACCUUGAAAGUUGAUUUUGCCAACAGGUUUUGGAAUGCGUAUACAAAGGGAAUUUGGGAUCUCUACCUUAAUCCAAAUAUCGAUAAUGCAGUUAUUGCACGAAAAGAGAAAUAUUCCAUCAAGGGUACCACUAUCAAGCAAGUCCUAGUCUCCGGGAAUCUUUCACCACGUUCCAUUACAAGAUUUGAAGACAUCAAUUCCUCUCUUGUGAGAUGUAUUCUACUAUGGGAGUUCUAUAAAGUGGAACAUCCUGAACCUAACACAACAACUAUAAGAAGACUGCAUCUCACUAACGACGAUGCGAUGUAUGUCAUGAACCAACCGCCGUUCGAGCUGACUCCUCAGUCUAGUUCCAAAAUAAGCAGUGAAGCAGGACUAGAACUCCCCUUCCAAAAUUUACAGAGAGCCCCAUCCGUUCCAUAUCUAGACGAUUCCGCACACCAGAUGCCGGUACAACAAAUACCCUUAACUUCAGGAGUAGGUGUACCGUUGGCUGGACCAGCUCCAUUCUUGGACGACAUGCUCAUGGGAAACGAAGAAAGCGCCCAUGUGAAUCAAUUCCAAGGUGAAGCCAUUGACGGCGAUCCUAAAGUGAUCAUGUCUACAAGUAAUAUACCUUUAAACUAA